AUGCCUUUGCACAAGUUCAUAUUUUUGCAGGCUUGUAAGCUGUCUGCUAUCUUUCUCCUUAGCCUCUUAUUUCUUCCUUGUCUCAUCUUUGCUUUCACUUUCAUCUUCUUCUCUUGUUUUCUACUCUUACCCAUUUUGUGCAUUUUCUUGUCCAUCAUUUUCUUUUUUUCUGUUGCUCCUCGGGUUUCUUGUAGAUCCAUAUGGAAUGUAUUCUUGAGAGUUUGUAUCUGGUUCUUAGGUGCUCCAAACAAUGAUCAUAAGGAGCCACCCUUGGAGUAUAAUACACCAGUGAGUGUCUGGUUUGAUCCUUCAGAGUUUCCUUAUUUCGAUGAAUCCGAAGAUGAAGAUAAGGUGAAGAAUGAUGGAAGUAAUCAUGAACAAUCAUCUUGGACCUCAUGGUGUGAAAGUAAUGAAGAGAUCAUCAAUGACUCUUGGCAAUUUCCGGUCUUGAGAACUUCUAAAACCAUACAAGAAUCGUCGUUCUCUGAUGUAAUGUCCUUUUGGAAAAGCAAAGAAAUGGAGGGUUAUAGAAGGGAUCGGUUGGUAAGCGGCAGAAAUUUAUAA